CUGGAAAGGAGGAAGAUGCAGCGUCCAGAGAGGAUACACUGAGGACUUUUUUUUAAAGCGUCCUAUUGAUGUGAUUCUGGUCUGAAAUGCCGUGACUGCUCGCGAUUUUUAGUGUGUACAGUGCUGGGAUUAUUACCCCCACCCCACGGGGUGUUUGGUAACCUUUGCUUCAAUUCCAGCUUUGGCUGCGUUUUGUUUGUUUAUCUGGAUCGUUUGAUGUGAUGUCGGCCUCUCGCGCUCCGUUUCCUGAAAUCACGUCCGACAAAAUGUAGCUCCGGGUUGUUUGCUGUGGUGGCUUUGUCUGUAAAAGAUCCAGGCGGCCUUCUCGUUGUUCCAGGUGUUGCUGUCCGAACAAUGCGUGAAAGAUGUCUGACGUUGAGAGCACGUAUGCGGACUUCAUCGCCUCUGGCAGGACGGGCCGCCGGAACGCCCUGCACGACAUCCUGCAGAGUCCCACCGACCCUGACGGGCGAGAGCUGCCCCUCACCCUGUCUCUGUCCCAGCUGCACAUCAACGCUGGAGGAGGAGACGAAGAAGACGCCGAGGACAGCCACAGCUCCUCUGCCUCAGCCCAGCGAGACGCAGCGCAGAGGAACAGCUAAGCUCCCACGUCCCCGCUCCACCAGACGGCGCGCCGCGGGACGGAUUAAAGUCUCCGUCACAGUGGACCUGUUCGCUCGAAACAGUCCGGCGGCUGGAGGCUAGGACCAUCGCCGCGGAUACGCCUUCAAGCAGAGCCUUCGCCCCUGCUGAGGCGUCGAGAUGCGAUCGCUCGGUGCAUCUUGCGAAGUGGAACGACUGAUGCUUUUCAGAGUCGGGAGUACACAAGUGGUAGUUUUUUUUGUUUUUUUUUUCUUUUCAAACAAAUUUAGCUUUCAGUCUUUGUGGUUCAAUACACACACAGGCUGAAGGACUGAAAGGAGGGAGAAAAUGGUGCUCUGUAAUAGUCCGAGCAGUUUGUAGGACCACUGAGACAUGCUGGUAUAAUGGGUCACAGUGGGAGUAGCAUGAUUGUAGAAGCAGUGGUGCCGAUAGAGGCUGUAUAUUGCCAGUUAAUGGUUUGUGCUUCCUUUGAGCCGACGCUAAAGCAGAGAGACAUGGACUCAGCUGCAGCCGAACUGAAACACGGAGCUUUGGAAGUUCGAUUCAUGCCGAAUUGUUUCCGCAGAGAACGAGAUGUUCCAGAAGAAGAGUGACGUGACGCGUCCUUUAAAAUGCGUAUCUUUAUUUUUUACACGUUUACAGUAAUAAUGCAAGUAUUAUCACAGCCUUACAUGAGUAGUUUGUCAGGUUCGGAAAUGCGUUUAUUCAGUUUUGCGCUGCGUUAGAGAAGAAGAAAAGUCAAAUUUUAGAGAAGAAUCAAGCUCAUCGGUUCACAAAAGCAUCAAAACCCCACUGCUUUCACAUUUGCUUGAAGAUUAUAUAUCUGGAUACAGGUCAAGGGUCAAGGGUCAGUCUCAUUUAAUAAAAAAAAAAGAGGAAAAAAAUAAUAAUACAAUAAUAAUUAAAAAAAAUUAUUUCACUAUUUAUCCUAUCAACCAAAAAAAAAGCUUUCUUUUUUUUUCUUUUUUGCAAAAAUACUCCUAGUCACAAAUACACUUUCAACUUCUGAAGAACGAAUAAGGCCGCUGCUCCUGUGUUACUGAAUACAAAUGAGACUCAGGGAAGUCAUUUUGUGUGCUAAAAACAUCGUGAUGCAUAAAAAGGGCUAAUCUGUGACCUUUUAGGUGCUGACGGAAAGUUAAUUAUGCAACCAUCUGUGAUUGUGGCUUCGCUUUUCAAUACAUGUUAAUUUGGUUAAAGCACUUAUUGAUAUUCUUAGUUCACAAAGCUAAAAAAAAUGCUUAUUAAAAGAGACAGAAUGCCACUGUGGGGUGUAGAUUGUGCUUCAGAUCAUACAUGGAUUAUUAGAGAAUUAUUUUUGUUAAUGUAUACCACACUUGGAUUCAAUGUAAACCAUUAAAUCAGUGGGGUCAGCUCUUCUUUUAGACUUCAAUACCUACCGACUUCCGUUUCAACCCAAGGAGUCGCCACCUUCUGGCAGUAAGGAAGAAUGCACUUUCAGGCCCGUCUGUAGUACUGCCUUGUUAAAUUAGAAACGUUACCACUGUGUCUUCUUGGCGUGGUUUUUUUGUUGUUUUCUCUACUGAUUUGCACAAUAAAAGUAACACUUCCUUAUUCCGAAAAGGUAAUAAAACACAAUGUGAUUUUUCUUCUGACCUUUGAGAUGCAAUUCACUUUAUUUUUCAGGGUGAGUCACAUUUACAGCCAGAUUGUCUUUCCUGGUAGGACACUGUCCAUGCAUUUUGACUGGCCUGUAGAGUCUUUCCUUUCUUUUCACCCCCCCCACCUCCCCCACUGAUAGUUUCUGUCCACUUGUUUCCUGGUCCAAAGAGCAACACGUUUAAUUUUUAUUAUUUUAGAGGACAGGUGCAGAUCACCUCAGCUGCAGUGGUGUCUCUCUUUUCUUCUUCUUCUUCCUCUCAGUGGUAAGCGCGGUGGCCAAAAACCGACAAACUACUCCUAAAUGUAAAUAUGCAACAGUCAGCAGAUCUUCCAGGAACACUAACUCGUGUGUGUUUGUGCGAAUGUUUGGCUGAAUAGCAUUCCUGCUCAUUUGUAUAAAAAUGUGAUACAAGCUCAUUAUUUGUAUAAAUCCAUCUGCAUGUGUCCUUCCACCCCCACACACACCACAGCCCCCCCAACCCCCCUUCACUACAGCUUCAACUCUGACUCCUAUACCACGACGAUACUGUAGAGAGCAAACAUACUGUAGCUCUCAUGUUGUUUGAUUUGUGAGUCAUUUCUAAUUCUGCUCGUCAUAAUUCCACAUGUAGAAUAUUUGCAUGGUUUCCUCUUUCUUUCAGACUCUCUGUAAGUAUAUUUUCUAUUUCCUAUGUUAAACAAAGUUUAAUAAAUGAUCAAUAAAAGAAAA